AUGACGAAGCAUGUUGACCCCAACCCCAUUGAAUAUGAACAGUUGAUCUAUCAGAAGGGUCUGAGGUACGAGCGACCGCCUUUCACCUUUCAACCUCAAGAAUGGGAGAGACUAGCGAGCGAACGUAUGUCUGCUGAGAGCAAGGGCUAUGUUGUGGGAUCAGCUGGAACCGGGGAGACGGCACGCAAGAACAGGGAAGCCUUCGCGCGGUGGUCCAUCGUCCCACGACGGCUUGUGAAAUAUGAUGGGUUUCCAGACCUCUCAGUCAACGUAUUUGGGCAAAAGUUGCCGUUUCCAAUCGCUUGUGCGCCUGUCGGCGUGCAGAGAAUCUUCAACCCUGAGGGUGAAAUCGCGACUGCUGCGGCAGCUGCGGAACAGUCGGUUCCAUUCAUCAUGAGUACGGCAAGCAGCACGAGCAUCGAGGAUGUGGCUAAGGCGAAUGGCAAUGGAGUACGAUGGUAUCAGCUGUACUGGCCACCAAAUGACCACAAUGAUAUCACUGUCUCGAUCCUUGACCGUGCACAGAAGGCCGGCUUCUCGGCACUCUUCGUAACCCUUGACACAUACAUUCUUGGAUGGCGACCGAGCGACAUGGACAAUGGUUACAACCCUUUUUUGCGGUCAGAUAAGAUUGGAGUGGCAAUUGGUCUCACCGACCCCGUGUUUCGGUCUCACUUCAAGGAGAAGCACGGUUGCGAGGUUGACGACGAUCUCGAAGCAGCGGUGGCAGAGUGGACGAGGACUGUAUUCCCUGGAAUGAGUCAUUGUUGGGAAGAUAUCAAAUUCCUGCAGCAGCACUGGAAGGGCCCCAUUGUUCUCAAAGGCAUCCAAUCCGUUGAAGAUGCGAAGAAAUGUGUCGAGAUAGGGGUACAGGGUAUCGUGGUCAGCAACCAUGGUGGAAGACAAAGCGAUGGAGGAAACAGCUCGCUGGGUGUCCUGCCCAGAAUUGUCGAUGCCGUGGGAGACAAGUUGGAGAUCUUCUUUGACUCUGGUAUUCGAUGUGGUGCAGAUAUUGCCAAGGCAAUGGCUUUAGGCGCCAAAAUGUGUCUUAUCGGGAGGCCUUACAUUUAUGGAUUAGUGCUAGGAGGCGAAGAAGGCACUUCGCAUGUUUUAAAGUCACUGCUGGGUGACCUUGAGCUGACCCUUCACCUGGCGGGCAUACAGUCAUCAUCACCCAACCACCUGGACCGAUCUGUGCUCAUUAAGGAGGAUGACCUGUUCUAA